UGGUCAAGGUGGCCGAGGGGAAGCUGCCUCCCUCCGGGCCUGGGCAGACAGGGGGGAGCUGGCUUGCGCCCCUCCAGCUGGGAGGCAGCCAGUGGACUGGGCGGCCCCCCCGACCCGGCAGAGCUGGGGGGCGCCGGCCCCAUGGAGCCGCCCGGGUCUGGCGCGGGGGGCGCCGCCAUGCUCACCGUCAUGGAUCCCUCGGUCACUCUAUGGCAGUUCCUGCUCCAGCUUCUGGAGCAGCAGACCAACGGACACCUCAUUGCGUGGACGUCCAACGAUGGGGAGUUCAAGCUGGUGGACGCAGAGGAGGUCGCGCGGCUCUGGGGGCUCCGGAAGAACAAGACCAACAUGAACUACGACAAGCUAAGCCGGGCCCUGCGUUACUACUAUGACAAGGUAGGACGCAUACUGAUGCAUCUAAGUUGCUGCAAGGACUGUUCAUCGAGAGAGGAGGCACACCGGGGCAAGAUGUCUUGUCCCGACAUGCUUCCUCUUGCCCCACACAAGCUUCUCGAUUUCCGUGGGGAAAACGAGAGUACUUCUGGCAUGACUUUUCACACUAGAGUCAUAGUAGAGCCUACCCCCUUGGAGCCUUCCCCACUUGAAGAGAAGGUGCUGGUGAAGGUCGAGGAGGAAAACCUGGUCCUAGAGGAGGAAGCCGCCGCUCUGCUGGUUUUGAUCGAUGCAGCGGAGAAGGAGGAGACCGCGCCCUCGGAGAAAGCGUCCUUGGAGGCCGGUUUCGCCCAGGAGGGGCCUCCAGCCGCCUGGGCUGAAGCAGCACAAUCGCCUGUUUGUGCCAACGUCUCUGUCGAGGGACAACCCCAAAAGGGCAAGAAGCCCAAAGUCUUGGAGUUGCCGUCGCUGCCCACCCCAGAGAAAGUGAACGCCACUGUGAACAGCCUCCUGGCACCAGGUGGAACGGGGAGCAGCCUGACUCCAACCACCGUCAUUUCUUCUCAUGCCUUGACCCCGGUGUUGCUCACUCCAAGUUCCUUGCCCCCCACCAUCCAUUUCUGGAGUACCCUCAGUCCCAUUGCCCCACGGAGCCCAGCCAAGCUCUCUUUCCAGUUUCCCAGCAACUCUAGCUCACAAGUUCACAUUCCCUCGCUCAGUGUGGAUGGACUCUCCACCCCUGUAGUCCUUUCUCCGGGGCCCCAGAAGCCAUAAUGUCUCUUCUCUGCAUCGCUGUUAUCUCUCUUGCUUCUGCUGAUGAAACGGCUUGAGUUUCUUUAUGAGAAGUUGGGAUUGGAUAGCUACAUGCCUUCUUCGCUCAUUGGAAGAUCCCUUUGGCGAGCCGAGGACUGCUGCCCUGCUUGAGGGGUGAAAAAUGGCACAGCGUGGAGGCAAUCGCUAGCUCAGAAGUGCCGGGAUUUUCAAUGAAGCCAAAUGGAGUCUCCUGAAUGUCAAGAGCACCCACCUGCUUCUGAGAAGUUUGAUAUGGCCCUCCGAUACCUCAUUUGGGGCAAAGGGGAUAUAUCCUCAUUUAUUAGGUCCCUUUCUGCUUUAAAGGGUUGUCCAUGCUUACUUUUGAUGUGGCAGGAUGGGGCGCCCUUCUGCAUCCUCCAUCACUGUAUUCCUUCUCUUUUAAUGCAGAUGAUUCAGGGUGAUGGUCCAAGGUGAAGAAGGCCAUCCUUCUUCUACCCUCUGAGAUAAACCAGAUAUCUCAUCCUGAUCUUAUCUGGAAUUGGCUUUAAUUAGGUCAUUGAAAGGGGGUAGACCUUUGCCAGUCGUAUUCGGUUUGGCUGCGUGUAGGGGACAGAAGCCGUAUCGGCCAUAUUUAUUUUGGCUGUGUGGUAUUUUCAGCCAUGGCCAGGAUGUUUGAGUGUAAGCCAUGUUUGUUUUGGCUGGGUAGAGUAGACUGAGGCAUUUCAGUCAUUGUUUUCGGCUGACUAGGAGCAAGAGUGUCAUUACUGGCUGUGUUUGUUGUUACUGAAUAGGGAGGAGAACUGGACUGUUGAUCGUGGGUUGGAUCCGAACAGCAUUCCCACUGGUGAAAAAGGGAAGAAAGGGUCCUUUUUGACUACCAAAACAGGCUAUCCUAGGGAUUAUGGGACCUGGGAUGAAGGUACUAAGGAAGGGUAUUGACUAAAAGCUGAUUGAAUCCAGUCCCAUGUUUCUUCAUGGAUAAAAAAGAUAUUGCUCUAGGUCAGUCUUUGAUUUUGUUUGAUGUAGGAGAGGAGAAGCCCUGAAAAUAUCUUCCGGGCAACAGGGUAGAAGGCAAUAGGGCCAGUUACGUUUAGUUUUGUCAGAUUAGGUAGCAAUGUCAGCCAUGUUUUUUCAGGCCGGACAAUACUGACCAUGUUUUCUUUGGUUUGUUGAGGGGGGAAUGUUGCUAAGGGUUCCUUGGGGAUAUGUCAGAUGUGCCACCUGUGGUUAAGAUAGCAGCCAUAGAAGCUCUGGGUGUUUGUCGUUUUUCCAGAUGCACUUCCUGAGGGUCAGAGGUCACCAGUUCGUCAUUGUGGAGACCAGAGAAUGGAAACCCCCUCUUACCAGGGGAACAUUCUCUCUUUGCAGAAUGGUUUCCUUAAUUUAUUUCCUGACGAUCAAAGGUCACUGUCGAAAUGGCCAAAGGGGAAGUUUUAUCCCCUCUACCUUUGACUAUUUUCUUACAACUUCGUAUCUUUCCUCGUUAUCCGUUAGAGAGGUGUCAGAAAUUAAUCCAUAUUCUGAGGAAACUUUGUUUGUUGGUUGAUCUCGGGAAAGAGAAUCCCACCUCACAUAUGUCUUCAAUUUCUUCCAGCUCUUGAGUCACCCCAGAGGUAGCACUGACUAAUUUUUACCUUGUGUCCCCUUCAUUUCCUACCACCAAAAAUGGUGUCCUUUCCAUGGAAACAGAGAAAUGGAAGCCCUGCUUCUUUACAGCUCCUAGCUUCUUUCCAGAUUAUGGAAUGUAUAACCUUAAUAAAAGGGCUGUGUCAUAUGGGGUAGGUCAAUAGCUUGCAUCCUCAAAGGAUGAGAAUUUCAUCAAUCAUUGAUUGUGGGUUUGGGGUUAGCUUUUUUGGUAGGAUUUUUCCUAUAAAUCAUUGUACCCAACUGUGGGAGAUAUCAUUUCAGAAAUACCAUGAAAUUCCCAAUUAGAAUUCCCAGCGCCUUCUAUUUUUUCACAGAAUCUAUAUAUCACAAUUUUAUCUACUACCAAGAGAGUCAUAUUGCAAGAGAGGAGACGGCGUAGAGCUAUAUUUAUCUUUUUGUCCGUCCAUUUUUGAUAUCUAUUUUUUAAACUGCAGGAUGCGGUUGGGAGAAUGGGGUUUAUUUUAAAGCAAGGUAAGAAAGGGACGUAGGUAGUACCCACCUUUUUUUUUCUUUUAGAAGUGGGGGGAAAGACUGUAGGGGAUUUUUAAGAGCUCUGGUUGGCAAAAUGUGUCUGGGCAAAUUUCUGUUCUAUGGAUACCGGCAAAGGGCGGACUCGUUCCUCAAAGAGAAAGAGAGCUUGCCGCUUCUGUAACUGUGAUUCUGGGGGAAAUGGCGAAUGUGUUCAUGAGUCUUACUUGACGCGGAGCAACUGGGAAGUCUAGAAUGCCUGAUGUGUGUGGUGGGCGAGCUGAACUCUUGAAAAUGUACCAGAGACUUCUCUGACAUUCAGGGGUUCCAUGACAGAUGGUCAGUCAAUCACUCCUUGCGGAAACUGUAUCCUAGGGAGGAGAAAUUGAAAACCACUGUUUUAAGAGGAUUAAAGCAAAGAUUUGAGCAAGGCGGGGUGAGUUCUACUCUUGGGUGACGCCAGAUGCGUUAGCACAAAAAGUUUUGUGGGCUCGUGGGAUUUGCUUCUGGACUAGACGCGACCGACUGUGGCGGAGGCAUGUUUUUAAGCUCAGGCCUGCCCUGAAGGUAUAGAAGUUUUCCGCCUACAAUUUAGGACUCGUGUAGUCGGCCCCCUGAGGUGAUUUCUCUUCCCCGAUAGACCAUCCCCAGUGACUGCAGUGAGCCUGGCUUGGAGAAAAAUCACCUUAGAGACAGACUAUAAGAAGAGGGAUACAGAAUGUUUUAACACUUAGCAAGAGGGUUACAAGCUCUGGAUUGGGAAAUUACUGGAGAUUUAGGGGUGGUCCCUGGGAAGGGCAGGAUUAGGAGAUCAGAUGAGGGGCCUCAGUGGUGUAUAAUACUAUAGAGCAGGGGUGGCCAACCUAUGGGGCUCCAGAUGUUCAUGGAUGACAAUUCCCAUCAGCCCCUGCCAGUAUGGCCAAUUGGUCAUGUUGGCAGGGGGCUGAUGGGAAUUGUAGUCCAUGAACAUCUGCAGCGCCAUAGGUUAGCCGCCCCUGCUAUAGAGUAUUUCUUCAGGGACCAUCUGAUUUCUGUACUCAGGAGAUGAGUUAUAAUUUUGGGAGAUCUCCAGGACUCAUCUGGACAUUGGCAACCCUGUCACCCAUUUUUUGAUUGGGCAGGUCCAGGCUCAAACACAUGGCUCUGCCACCAUUACGUCUAGUUGGGCCCCAAUCCACAUGCUUCUGAUUAAGAAGUAAUUCGAGAUUGGUGAGCUGGCAUUCUGUUUAGUAGUUGGUGGGGUUGAAUCCAUCACUCACCAUUUUGUAGAGAAUGAGAUUAGCCGGGUGAACUGGAUCUGCGUUAAGCUCGCGAGGACAUUGAACCUGAACGACAGGUUCGAGACUUGGCCUGACCGCAUUGCUAAGUGAUUGUCGAGUGGUUUGGUGUUGUGUUUUUAAAAGCGAGCAGUUUUAUCUGCAAAUAUACGGUUACUUUGAAUCCUCCCUUUGUGUAGCAUUUAAUAGUAAUAACAAUUAUCCUUUCUUUGCACUUCCACAAUGCCUACUACUGGGAGAAAUCUUAAGUGCUUUACAAGGGGUGGUUUACAGAUUUUAUUUAAUAGGUUAGGUCUUUUGUGUAAACAGCAAUCUGCAAAUCAAUCAGGUACAAACCAUGAGUAUUACCUAUGGACAAAUUGUGUCAAUCGUGUGUGAUUUGUGUAUAAAGUAAGUUGUGCAUUUAGAGCAAACUGUGAGUGCACUGCGCAGAAGCCAUGAUAUAAUCAUGAGCAAAAUGUGGGGAACAAGAAUACAUUUGUGGCUGAGCCCAACUGCACAUACGCAGGUUGUUGUGGAAGCCAUUUGCUAAGCAGUGGGCACGGGAAGAGUCAACCAAGGCAAGCCUUUGUGUAACCCACUAGUACAUCAUGACGAAGCGUGUGCAAACAAUGUGGACUUGCGAUGUGACUUUUCAUAAAUAACCUGUGGCUUAGCUAUAGCCAUCCUUCAUGCAAAACCAUAAGUAAGCCAUGAGUAAACAAUCAGCAGACUGCAAAUGAUCCAUUCUGUGUAAACUGCAAGUAAAACGUGGUUACACUUGGUGUAUGCCAUAUGCAAACGGUGAGCAGGCCAUGCAAGCCAUGAUUGGCCUCUGGUCGAGCCGUGCGGAAACUUACACAACGCUUAAACCAUUUGAAGCCUGGUUGUAUUCUCCUCACGGGCUCCCCACACUGAACGGUUGAUACACAUGUUACAAAAUCCCUGCGCCUCCCCAUACGGACGCUUUCGACAGUUUUGUUCUCGGAGUUCUCUGCUGGGAACGGAAGUCCCGAGCAUGCACAAGCCCAGGGCUGGAUCCAGACUGCAGAAGGGGGAGAAGUAGCUUCUUGCACACAGUUUUUCCCAGCCUGAACUGAUCCUGAAAACUUCUGGGUGCCCCUUUGGAGUAACUUAGGUGGAUUCUGCCGAGGCCAAAUACAAUAGGACAGUGAUGGCGAACCUUUUCGAGACCGAGUGCCCAAAUUGCAACCCAAAACCCACUUAUUUAUCGCAAAGUGCCAGCACAACAAUUUAACCUGAAUGCUGAGGUUUUAGUUUAAAAAAAAACAGUUGGCUCCGAGGCAUGCAUUACUCGGGAGUAAGCUUGGUGGGUUUGCUUUGUUUGACUUACUUUGCUUUGUAAGUUGGUGCAUUUGCUUUGAAGCAACUGUGCAUCUCUUCCAACGGGUGAAUCACGACCCUAGGAGGGUUUACUCAGAAGCAAGCCGCAUUGCCAGCAACCGAGCUUACUCCCAAGUGAAGGAUUGCGUUUUGGUUCUUUGCAUAAAAACCAGCGGGGUUUAACAGUGCUUAACAGAGCUACCUACACUGCUUCCCCAAAACUAGGUCUUAGGUUUAAUGCUAAUAAUCGAGCCCAGCAGCCCAGGCCAGCCUAGAGGGGGGGGGGGGCACACUCUGUUUGCGCGUGCCCACAGAAAGGGUUCUGAGUGCCACCUCUGGCACCCAUGCCAUAGGUUCGGCACCACUGCAAUAGGAUGUAUAGGAUGUUUCAUAAGCCCUUUUGGGGGGGGGGGGACUUCUCCUAGGUUCCGUUCCCCAAAUGAGUUGGGCCCGUUUUAUUCCCCUCAACCCAGGAUUUUCGAAAAGCGUUAAACCGGUGAUCCUUUUGCACAAUCCUGGGUUGGAGGCUCUUGCAUGAACACAACAAGCAGGAGACACUUUAUGUUUCUCUCCCUUCUUCCACCAGUCCACUUCAGGCGGCAGGCCAUCCACGGUCAGGGAGAAUCCGCCCACCAUUCUGUGCAGGUUGUGGGCAGAUCCUCUGAUGGCCCGACCGGGUACAAAGUCCCCCAAGCAUAUUUUCUCCCUGUCGCAGUGAGUAUGAUCGAUCUACAGCAGGGGUCUGCAACCUGUGGCUCUCCAAAUGUUCUACAAUUCCCAAUUGUAGUCCAUGAACAUCUGGAGAGCCACAGGUCGCAGACCCCUGAUCUAUAGCAACAUGUUCAUUAUUGCCCAGCUGUUGCAGGGAGGUCCCUUCCCCCCCUUUUGUGCGUUGCAUAAGUGCAGCUACACAGGCGCAGCUGAUCGGACUGUGGGACAAUUGGCAUGGCUGUGGGGGUUCCUUUCUGUAUGCCUGCGCAGCUACACAUGUGUCGCAGGAAAUGUUUUUUUUAAAAGAAGCCUCUCCAUGCAAAGUUCCAAAAGCAACCUGGAUUGUUUCCAUGGGCUCCAAUCGCUGCCUGAACAGGUGAAGGGCACACAUGUGAACCAGAAAAAGGAAAACGGGCACCUUAAUAACGACUGCAACCUGUUAUACAGGUGCUGUGCGGGAUCCACCUUCGUUGCACUGACGUCUGCCCAGGUUUCCCCAACAGAACAGGAAAAUGGUACCAGGGUAGGAUUGAAGCCACUCCUCCCCUGUGAUCCGAGUCAGGCACGUGCAUGCUUGGAAAUUAAGCUCCCCGUGGCAGAACUCUCAGAAUACAUCUAUAUAGCGUGUCCCCCGCAAUAGCCUGCAAGGACUUGGUAACAUGUGAACCAGCCUUUCCGAGCCUCUCUUUCUCAUGCAGGUGCACAUGGGCUUUGUCCCAGUUUUAUUGAGAGCACCAAGCGGAGUAGCUUUAUAAACUCUUUUGCCUAGGACUGACGGCCUCUUCUGCACUCUCCAUCCUGAUACUCUUACUUCAGGGUUGAUUGUUUGAAAGUCCCUGGGGGGGCUUGGGAGAGCGACGGCCUGGUCGUCCUAUGUUUCCCCGCCCCCUCUUCAACUUGCGCAGCUUUUAAAAAAACUUUUGCGCUGGAGUGAAACUGUUUUUUGUAGCCAUAUUUCAGUGCGGACCCAUGUGACAAAAAGGGACCCCCUCCCAUGUGGCGGCAUGUUCAAGAGGAAACAGCAAAGGGAAAAAAAAUGAAUGAAAGUCCGUAACAGAUUACACUCUUAUUUUCCAGAACGCGAUACCUUCCCGUGUUCAGGUGUCUUGUCAAUAGAGGGCAUCUCCGCUGGAUCAGGCCUUCUGGAGAGCUUGUGGCCAGUGAUCGAAAGUGAUUGGCAGACCUGGCCUCCAUGCUUCUUAAUGGCAGGUAGACCAGCCCUCAGAGGAGCUAGCCCUGACCGAAAAUAAUGGUAGACCUGGCCACUGGAGAGCUGGUUCCAAGAUGGGGAAGACCUGUUGGAUUUAUUUUUGGGGGGAGGGGGGUGCAAUGUCAAUGUUGUUGCCAUUUUUUUGUAGAUAAGCUCCUGUUGCUAAGUUCUGCCUUCAGAAUGGAGCAACAGAACCCCGAAUUUCCUUUGCCUUUUAGCUCUUGAACGGGCUAUUUGUGCACAUCUGAGCCACUGCUUAGUUUUGAACCUGGUUUAGCUGGGACAGCGGGAGGGUUGGAAGUGGAACGACACCAUUGCUGCAUUGGUGCUUCUGCACUCAUGUGCCUGGGAGGAGGAGGAACAGGGAUGGAGGAGGCAGCAUCUUCAGCAAGUGAUGCGCAUGGGUACCAUUCCUGUCUGCUCUCACAUCUCUUGCCACUGCGUUGGCUGUGAAUGUCUUCCUCCGCCCCUGUGUGGAAGCAAACCAGCGGGGAGGAGGACAAGAAGGAGGCAUCCAAAUAUGUUUUUUCUCCUCCUUUUGAAACCAGCUACUGCAGUGGGGAGGGGGCGAGAGCCCUAGUGCCCCCCCCCCUUCCCUUGUCAACUAGCUUUGAAUCCCCAGCAGAGCCGGUGUGCUGUGUUUGAAACCAGCCUCCCUGCAUAUAUAGAACAACUGGCACAUCAGGGAGAAGAGCAGGUUUCCCUUUCCACCCUAGUAUUCUAGAUCGAGGGUUCCCAGCAUGGUGUCUGUGGGCCCCGGGGCUUCCACCAACCUCUAGGAGCAGCAGUGGCGUAGGAGGUUAAGAGCUCGUGUAUCUAAUCUGGAGGAACCGGGUUUGAUUCCCAGCUCUGCCGCCUGAGCUGUGGAGGCUUAUCUGGGGAAUUCAGA